AUGUCGCCUUCUACCACCGCGGAAGCCAGGUCCACCAUCGGCCCCGAUAAUGUAAACUCGACUAACUCGACAAAUGGAUUGGGGGACGGCGCAUCAGGACUCGUUCAAACGCUACAGGGACAUGUAGACGACAUCAGAUCUCUCUUACAAUGUGGUAUUUGUGUUAAGCCACUUUAUGAACCUUUCACAAUCGCGUGUGGGCAUACCUUCUGUUACACUUGCUUGUCAUCAUGGUUUACUUCGGGAAGAUCGAACAAAACAUGCCCCGACUGUCGAGCGCCGGUAAAGAGCCAGCCUGCGCCUGCCUACUUGAUUCGUUCAGUUGUCCAGAUGUUCACGAGUCGGGCAGAGCUCCUGGAUAAAAACGAGACAACAGCUCAGCAUGAGCGUUCUCAGCGUGAGGAAGCUGAGAAAGUGGAGCGCGACAGAAGGAAUACGCAUCCAAGAGAAGGGGGGUUGUUCCGGGGUACAUUCAAUAAGCCAAUCCGUCAGGCGCCCAUCAUCGAUGUUGAAGAUAAUGUCAUUCGCUGCCCACGCUGUUCUUGGGAACUUGAAGAUGAUGCCGGCUGCGCACAAUGUGGAUACCUUCGAGACGAUCAAUCAGUAUCGGACGCUUCCGAUUCGGUGACGGGUUGGACCGAAGAGGACGAGAAUUCUGAGAUGACUGAUUACUACGAUGACGAAGUUGAAGUCGGGUUUGGCGGUGGCUACCGCAAUGGUUGGGAUCUCGACCAACUUUUCCACCAUUUGACUCCCGCGCUUCGGAACCAAAUUCAACGCCUCCCUUCCGUCGACUCAGCAAGCCUUGACUACUCGGAGAUCGACGACUAUGAUGACGCGGAUGAGGAUGCCGACAUGGAUUCUUUUAUUGAUGACGACGAACAUGCCGGCCGCGAUUAUGUCUCUGAUUCAGAUAUAUCUACCGUCGUCGGUGGUCCGGCCCGCAAUAGAGCGCACUACGACGUGUCACAGUUGGACACUGACUCUUCAAUGACACACACUAGUGAUGAUGAGGAUAGUUUGAACGACCUUACGCCAACUGGAUCCAGCGUCCUGGACCACGACGAGCAACAUGGACACGACGACGACGGUGAUGACGAUGAUGAGCCUGUACGGCCACCCGUCAACGCGAACCGUCGUCGUCGGGAACCAUCGUACGAUGAAGUAGUGAUAUCAGUGAGACAUGGGUCGUCACCCCCGCGUGUUUUUACCACGAGGACUUCCCACUCGGCUCGUCGUGGUACCUCAUCUCAUGGGAAUCAAGCGUCUACUGCGGGAUCAUCGGCCUACAAUGCGAUUAACGUGGAAGAUGAUUCUGACGAGGGCCCCGUUGGUCCGUCACGGCGGGCAAGGAACAGAAGAGGUUGUAGGGUCCAUGCCUACUGA